CACAGCACCCAGCUCAGCUUGCAGCUCACACUGGGACGGUCACCUGCCCUAAGGCAUAUGCGACAGACAUGGGGGUUUUGGGUUGUUGCCUCCUGUCCCUGCACAGCAACCUGGCUGGCUUCACCAGAUCAGGGCUCUUCAUCUGCCUGAUGUGCCUCUGUGACCUGGCUGCUUCCCAGUGGGUUCCCCUCCGCCUGUCCGAUGGCCCACACCACUGUGCCGGCAGGGUCGAGGUCUUCUAUGAGAACCAGUGGGGAACGGUGUGCGACGACCACUGGGACUUGGUGGAUGCUGGCGUGGUGUGCCGGCAGAUGGGCUGCGGCAUGGCGCUGUCAGCCCCCGGGGCCGGGCAUUUCAGAGCAGGGCCUGGUCCCAUCUGGCUGGAUGACGUCAACUGCACAGGGAUGGAGGUCGCCCUGUCUUACUGCAGGACAAAGGGCUGGGGAAAGAACAAUUGCCACCACGGUGAAGAUGCUGGCGUGGUGUGUUCAGACUCAUCCACCCCACGUAUGGACACCCACACCAGUCCUGCAGAGCUCCGCCUGGUGAACGGCCCGAACCGCUGCUCUGGAAGAGUAGAGGUGAUGCAUGAGCACCAGUGGGGAACUGUGUGCGACGACGACUGGAGCUUCCCUGAUGCCAAUGUGGUGUGCCAGCAGCUGGGCUGUGGGACGGCAGUCUCAGCCUACAGCGCAGCUCACUUUGGCCAGGGUUCAGGCCCCAUUUGGCUGGACAAUGUUCAGUGCAGUGGGACUGAAGCUGCCCUGUCCGAAUGCCUGGCCAGACCUUGGGGUGUCAACAACUGUGACCAUGGAGAAGAUGCCAGCGUUGUGUGCACAGGAGCAGGCACAGUCACCGAUACACCAGCUCGUCUGCGCCUGGAGAAUGGCCCCAGCCGCUGCGCGGGGCGCGUGGCAGUGUUCCACCACCAUCAGUGGGGGACGGUGUGCGACAACGGCUGGAGCCUGACUGAGGCGGCGGUGGUCUGCCGGCAGCUGGGCUGUGGGACGGCCAUCUCAGCCCCGAGGUCAGCUCACUUUGGGCAAGGGUCCGGCCGCAUCUGGCUGGAUAACGUGAACUGCACAGGGACAGAAGCUGCCCUCUCUGAAUGCCAGGCCAGGCCAUGGGGAUCCAACAGCUGUGACCACCGGGAAGACGCUAGUGUGGUGUGCUCAGAUGCGGACACUUCGGGGCAGCGCCUGCUGCGGCUGGCAAAUGGCUCGAACAGCUGCCUGGGGAGAGUUGAGGUCCUUCACGACCAGAAGUGGGGGACCGUGUGCGACGACACCUGGGACAUCCACGAUGCUGCCGUUGUGUGCAAGCAGCUGGGCUGUGGGAUAGCACUGUCAGCACCAGGCUCGGCUCAUUUUGGGCCAGGGACAGAUCCCAUCUGGCUGGAUGGCGUUCACUGCACGGGAACCGAGUCUGCCCUCACUGAGUGCGAGCUGAGCAACUGGGGAGAGCACAACUGCGGCCACAGCGAGGAUGCUGGCGUGGUGUGCUCAGGCACAAACCCCUUGCAGGUGCGGGUGAAAGACGGUCCCGGUCCCUGUGCAGGGUGGGUGGAGGUGCUCUACAACGCUACCUGGCACGGGGUGUGCAGCAGCAGCUGGAGCUUGCUGGAAGCUGGGGUGGUCUGCAGGCAGCUGGGCUGUGGGCCAGCCCAGUCAGCACCUGUCGGAGCCCAGCUCAGCCAGGGGGACGGCCGUGCCUUGCUGGAGGGGCUGAGCUGCCGGGGGACCGAGUCGCUGCUCCUGGAGUGCCAGCAGAGAGAGAUGGGUCCGGGGCCAUGCAGGCACGGCUCAACAGCCGGCGUGGUGUGCACAGAGCCAAAAGACCUCAUACAUUCCUGCUCGGUGCUGGCAGGCCUGCUUGGCAUGGGGGCAAUCCUCUGUGGGACCCUGUUGGUCCUGUACCUGUGGAUGAGGUGUGGAAGAUGGGCUGGACGCUCCCAAGAUGUGCCACUUAUAAAGAAGACAGAGGACACCAGGACGUCAUCCGAGGCUUAGGCAGCCAUGCUCCUGGUGUCAAAGGCAAGGCUCCGUCAGGACCCCAGAAGAUCCCGUUCUGUGGAGCCAGAAGAGCGGAGCAGCCACUGUGACGGUCAGCAGAGAGAAUCCCCUCUGGCAGAGCGGAGACCCCUGCCUUGUGUGCCCCAUAGCCCCCAGCUCACUGCACUGGGUCCCAGUUCCUUCAUGCAGCACUGCGAAGUCUCUCAGUCUCCAAGCAAGGUCUUCUCAGAAUAAGUCUUAUCUGGUCCUCUGGGUAGGCUCCAGCAUCCUAACCCCAUCUGCAGAGACUCCUCUUAUUCCCAGCCCUAUAAUGGCUAUGAUCCCUUUCCCCAGCCCUAUAGCCCCCUAUAAUCUGUAUAACCCACUGCAGAGCCAUCUGCAUUGGUACCGUCACCCUAACUGCAUUCCCAAUGGGAUGAAACCUUUUUCCCCCUAAUCUUCCAUGAAAGUGAGGAUUACUUCCUGAUCCAGGAGCAAGAAAGCAGGGUGCUCUCCUGCACUGUACACAACCACAUUUGCACAAUGAGGACUGCACUUAAAAGCCUGUCCAGAACAGGGUGAGAAGUCCCUCACCCAUUGUAUUUAUUCAAUCCACUUUUGAAUACCAGUAAAAACCCUGAAACCUGAAAGAACAAGAAUGCAGCAUUAUACAGAUUCUGGGAUAUGAAGUGACUUGGAGAGGUGGAAGUGGUUGAAGAAUAGACCCCUUGAUUAUAGAAGGAUUGUAGAUAAUCAGGUCAGGGAACUCAAGAUUGCUAACGCUGGUUUAGAUAUUGUCCUAGCCACCAACAAGGAAGGGUCACAUUCCUAAUGGAGCAACCCAUGGAGUCAGUUCUGAGCCCCAAACAUCUACCACUUUGGUGAAGUCAGGAGGAGCCAUUGUCAGAGGAAUGUCCAGGUGUCAUGGGGAGGGAAUGAAGGGACUGCAAGCUUGACCAGGUUGUGGUGAAGGUGUGCCUUGUGAGCCGAGCUGAUCUCCACACAAGGGUAUGGAAGGGAAGAGUUGGUGCAAGAGGCAGCAGGGAGAAGACAUGCGUGAUGGAGGAGUCCCAGCAUGUAUUUCAACGCCCUUCAGGUCUACCCUCCCACCUCUCCUUCCCUCCCAGCCAGCAGUUGGCAGCUGUGACUAGUUGGCAUAUUGCUACUUGUCCUAAGCCCCAGCCAUACAGCCCCCCCUGGAUGGGUGUCUCCUGUCAACACGUGCCCACAAGGUCAUCUUCUGCUCCUCCAUGGACAUCCAUUACUCCUGGGACUUCAGGGUUUCUCAUCCUGCUAGCACCUGAGCCUUCUCAUCUUCCUGCUUGCUACCCCAGCAGACCUAGUCCUCCAGCCUUGCCUGUCCCAAAGUUUACACCAAAGGCCCAGGGCUCCUUCUAGCUUUGUGGGUAGAGUGUCUUCAGAAUAGGGGAAAACAGGAGCUUGGACCCAACUUUAUGCAAUAAAAUAAGUGCAACAUUUGGAGAAGGUCUUUGUAAAAAAGCUGG